CAGCUGCAUUGCAUAUAGUUAUAUUAAGUAUAGCAGUGGGAUAUUCUUUCGUUUCACGAGUUAUUUAUUAUCGUCAAUGGGUUUUCGUAGAUUCUCACAUUCCGACGACUUGCUGCUCGUCAACAGUGUUAAAUCAUUUCCCAACCUGUACAGCCAAGAGGGUUUAUCCGUAACCAAAAAUCAUGAAAGCAUGAGAGAGAACUGGCGAGCGGUAGCGGCAGAAGUCGGUGUGAACGAGAGUGAAUGCAAAAGAAGGUGGAGGGACAUCAGGGAUCAUUACUUCAAAACAAAGAGGAAACACGAACAGAGCAAAGACAAGAAGUGGGCCCCAAGAUGGUCACUGUAUGAAAGUCUGCAUUUCUUGGCCAGAGCCAAAAGGAAAAAGAGACAUUCAAGCUGUGAAGACCUCUCCGACCCCUCUGCUGAGAACAGUCUUGAUAUUUACGAGCCAGAAAUGACUGUCAAAGUGGAAGAGGACUCCCAGACAGACUUGCAGCUACGGUCCGAGUUUAUCGAUGUGAAGACUCCUCAGCAAGAGGCUGACACAAGUUACCGUAAGCCUUCUGAGUGCGGGAGUGUCCACUUCCUGGAGGAGCCUGACCCAUCCUGGGCCCCGAGGACACUGGUGAACGCCUACUCCAACCAAAGAGUGGACAGUGAAGACGACAUUGACAUAUUCAUGAGAAGUGUGGCUCUCACGGUGAAAAGACUCUCUCCAAAAGCCAGAGCGGAAGCCAAGAUGAGAAUUUUAUCAGUCGUUACUGAACUGGAGUUUCCACCCAAUAACCAUGGAGAAGUAUAAAGUUAGUCUAGUCUAGUCAAGUCAAGAUUUGUUACUGUUAAGUAAGUGACUGAGUUAGUUUAUUCUAAUGUGUCUUUAUUUAAAAAAUUACCAAUAAAGGUGACUGUCAAUUGAAAUGAUCAACUGAUCAAGAAUUAUCAAUUGUUAAAAGAUCAAGCACAAACAGUCAUCUACACAAGUUUUGUUAUUUUGUGUGACCAGCUCAGCCUAAGCUAUCUAUAUAUUAAUAGGCAAGCUGUUUCUUUAAAACCUUUUUUCUCAGCUCGUGUGCAUCGCAGUAACCAAAAUCUAUGCAUACUGUUAGAAUUAUAUUUUCCUGUAGAUGUGCAGAACCCUUUAUAAAUUAAAACAGGCUCAAAAAUAAGCACAAAAAAUGAAUUCAAAAUUAAAAAUACAUGGGUCUUGUGGGUUGCCUUAGUGACGAAAUAACAAUGAAAUAUAAACAGAAAAUCAAAACAAAUUGAAGUAAUUCCAAUCAUAUGUUUUAUUUACAGCGUGGGAUGAAAAUAGAGAAGUAUGUACAUAAGAUAUUUUUGGUCGAAUUUACAACCACUGGAUGACCUCUAGUUAGUAUAAUUAGUUGUUCAUUAUUUAUUACGUGUUAUAACAUUUGUUUACAAAAAAUACAAUCCAGUUAUCAUUGGUUAAUGGUUUUUUUAGAUAGUAAUUUUUUGUUAUUAAAUGAAUUGUACAUUUUU